AGAGAAGAAGAAGGAAAUCUUUGUCUCUGGGUCUGAGCACGGGAUUAAAAAGACAGAUGUAGGGUUGAGAUGACAUCUGUGGGUGGGUGCGUCUCCCCACACUGAACCACAUAUCUUUUUGCCGGCUUCUUCAACGGCUUUUUCUCUUCCCACACUCCCUUCUUCCUUCCUUCGACGUCGUUUUGUCUCCUUUCUCUUUUUUCUCUUUCUCUCUCUCUCUCACACACUCUCUCUUGCUCCUCCGUCUCUCGUCUACAGUGCCCUCCGCUUCACCUUUAAUUUUCGCUGUCCUAUGAAUUUUGCCAAACUGCCCAUUUCGUUCUUCCUCCACUAAUCAAUUAAGUAUCUUUCGCUUUCUUCUCUCACUCUUUUUUUUUUUUUUUUUUUUCCUUUUCAAUUUCAUGCUCUCCCUCUUUGUCUUUUGUUUUGUUGGUAUAAAAUUGUUUUGCGGUGCAGAUAAAUUCUCCCUUGCCGCCUCCAAUUGCCAUUCUCCGCUCCAGCCCUCUUCGAAUUCUUCUUCUUCAGUAGCUGAAAUGAAUGGAGAUAGACCUGUGGAAGAUGCUCACUACACGGAGGCGGAGUUCCCUUAUGCUGCUUCUGGAAGUUACAUCGAUUUUUAUGGUGGUGCGCCUCAGGGGCCUCUAAACUAUGCUCAUGCCGGAACAAUGGACAAUCUGUACUGGACCAUGAAUACAAAUGCAUACAAGUUUGGAUUUUCAGGAUCAGAUAAUCCCUCUUUCUAUAAUUCUUAUGACAUGACCGAUCAUCUAUCAAGGAUGUCCAUCGGGAGAACUAAUUGGGAGUACCAUCCCAUGGUGAACGUUGAUGAUCCUGAUAUCACACUGGCUAGGUCUGUCCAAAUUGGUGACUCAGAUGAGCACUCUGAAGCUGAAGAUUGCAUUGCAAAUGAGCAUGACCCCGACAGUCCGCAGGUAUCCUGGCAAGAUGACAUUGAUCCUGACACAAUGACCUAUGAGGAAUUAGUAGAGCUAGGGGAAGCGGUAGGAACAGAAAGCAGGGGGUUGUCUCAGGAACUCAUAGAGACGCUUCCCACUAGAAAGUUUAAGUUUGGGAGCAUCUUCUCCAGGAAACGAGCAGGGGAAAGGUGCGUGAUAUGCCAGCUCAAGUACAAGAUAGGGGAGAGGCAAAUGAAUCUGCCGUGCAAGCACGUCUAUCAUUCUGAAUGCAUUUCCAAAUGGCUAAGCAUCAACAAGGUUUGCCCGGUGUGCAACACUGAGGUUUUUGGUGACCCCAGCAUCCAUUGAUCGCUUUACAUUGAGGCUCGUCAAUUAAUUGUUUUAGUGUAGUGAAAACCCAAAAAAAUAGUCUAAAGAAGACGUACACACUAUACUCUCUCAUGUUCAGUCCUUCUCUGUACAUGCAAUUUUUCUUCUAGUUCCAUUUUUGCUUGUCUGUGCUUUAAAUUAACUCUCGUAUUGUAUACUAAAUGCUGAGACAAUUCAAAGCUGACUCCAUAUA